GGCCGGGGAGUCAGGGAAGUAAGAGAAUUCCGGCGCUCGGUUUUUAUUGGGAGGCUCCCAACAAGGAAGCAGUACUGGCUCAUAGUCCAGCACUGAGCAGCACCAGCUGGAGACAGCGGACCCCGAACAGGACAGCUGCUGGGGUACCAGAGGACCCAAGAUUCUCCCACCAGGCGUUCACAGGAACAAUGGGUAACCAAAUGAGUGUCCCACAAAGAAAUGAAGACCAAGAGAAUGAACCAGAAGCAGGCACUUACAAGGUGACAUCAGACGGCGAGUGUGGCCAGAAUGGGAUGCCAGUGAUCGUAUCUACCCAUGUGGUCCAACAUUAUGAUGAAGUGGAUUUAGGAAUAAGCAUCCCGGAGGAGAAGGCGGCCACUGCGUCCCCCGAGGCCAUGGAGACCAGCGCCGGCGGAAAGUCUCUUGGGAAGAAAGCCAAACCCGAGGCACCAGCUGUGAAAUCGCGUUUCUUCUUGACCCUCUCUCGGCCUGUACCAGGACGUCCCGGGGACCAAGGCACAGAUUCAUGGGCUGCACCGGGGAGGCUUGACGUCAGUCCCAGCGCAGAGCCUGCAAACAAAGACCCGAGUGAACGCGCGGCCCUUCCAGACGCAGAUGCCCCCGGGCCGGCUCCAGAUAAAACCCCCGCGCGCACUCCAGGCAAGGACCAGGUUCUCUCAGCCACCUGGCCCCCAGCACCUCUGCCCCCCGAGUCAGGGGCAGCAGCCCCCUCCAGGUCCAAGGACUCCAGUUUUCUUGACAAAUUCUUCAAACUGGACAGGGGAGAGGGAAAGGCAACAGGUGACAGCGAGGGGGCAUCAGCCGAUGCGCCAUCGGGGCAGUCCCGUGGUGUCCCUGGAGCAGAGGACACAGUCGACAGCGAGGGAAGAGAAGACAUCGAAACGCUGAGCUCCUUGGUCCCUGGGGACUCAGAGAAGCUGGGGCUGUCAAAGGAGGGUGCCCAGGAGACAGACCUAACCGAAAAGAACAAUCCCAUCAUGAGCUUCUUCAAGACUCUAGUUUCACCUAACAAAGCUGAAACGAAAAAGGCCUCAGAAGCCGGGGCAUCUAAAGCGGACAGUGUCUGUGAUGGACCAGCUGGUCAGAAGAUGGCCGAGGUGCCCACUAAAGGCAAGAAAAAGCACGUGGACAGCCCCAGGAUAGGACUCGCCUUUAGAAAGAUGUUUAGGCGUAAGGGUGCUGAAAACUCACCCACUACUUCAGCCAAUCUCCAGACAGACAAAGGCAACGUCAUACCCCAGGAGACUCAAGGAGCAUCCAAGAGUCCUAAAGGCUGCAGCCCACCAGGUCAUGUGCCGCUGGUGACAGCUGGUGACUCAGCAAAGGACAGUGGCAAGGAGAAGUCAGGGCCCACCUCACUGCCUCUGGGGAAACUGUUCUGGAAAAAGUCAGUAAAAGAGGAUUCGGUUUCCACAGGUGCAGAAGAGAACGCAGUGUGUGACUCGCCAGUAAAGACUGUACAGGGCGAGGAAGUUGAGUCCACCUUAGAGACCGUGGAUCUCAGUGAAGAUGCUCCACCCGAGCCCACGGACGCAAAGCCCAAGGAGGACGGCAAAGCGCGGCGAACCCCCUUGAUGGCGCUGCUCAGACAAAUGUCAGUGAAAGGGAAUGGAGGGAUCAGCCACUCAGAAGAACUAAACGGAAAAGACUCCAGCGACCAAACAUCCAACUCCCCGGAGAAGACCGCCACACCCCCAGAGCCCGAGCCCAGGGGAACAGCCCAGAAGAGCAAGGAGGGCUCCUCGAAGGACAAGAGGUCAGUGGCCGACAGCAGCAAGCAGAAAAGCAGCAAGCAGGAAGCCAGAGAGUCGGCCCAGGGUGCGCCGCCGCCCACCGGGGAGGCCAACUCGCUGCAGAACGGGGACAAGUCCCUCAAGAGACCUGAGAAGAGGCAGCCCCUCGGGGCGUUCCUUAAGGGCCUGGGACCAAAGCGCAUGGCAGAUGCUCAGGUGCAAACAGAUCCCGUCUCCAUCGGACCUGUUGGAAAAUCCAAGUAAACCAAUCACCACGGUCCCUACAGGUCCUCCAAGACGCUUCCUCCGCCCCGUCUCCUGUCCAAACACACCUAUGUUGUAUAUAUUUGCUCUUCUCUUGGCCACCAAGGGAAAUUCUGCCUCCCAAUGCAGGCGACCUGUUGUAGAUCCAGGUGUAUUAUUUACGUUUCUGACCCAGUCGUUCCUGUCCACUGAGAGUAAAAACUGGGUUAUCAGGUUAACCAGGCAGGGAGGAGGCAGAGGAAUGCGUCUGGGUUAAGUUUUUAAAAGCAUGGUCAUGAUGAGUUAGUUGGGGGGGGGGCGGGAAAUGCCUGUGAGGAGGAAAAGAAAUCAGCUGUGUAGCAAACUAUGCUCACCCUGUAAGCUUGAAGGGGGCGGGGAAAACCCGUUUGUUUACAUCCAACACUUUAAAGGGAGGAGAUCUGAGGCAGCUUGGGGUUGGGCGGUUGCCAAUUUCCUGGAAUGGAAUGAUGUGUGGGGUAUAAAGAGGAAUGAGUUAAGAGUUCGUUGUUCUUUUUUUUUUUUUUUUUAAAUAGGGACUUGAAAGCCAUGGGUGAGGGGACAAUGAGUGGAUGGAGAGGAGUCGAGAUGAUUUGGGAGAACAAUUAUUUUUGACGCUGUGGAGGGCAAAGGGGGCUAUAACUUUAAAAAAGAAAAAAGUAAAAUAAAAUAAAGCUGCAAGUUUACUUUGAACACCAGGGGGCGCUAAGGCCUCCGUUUUUGCCCUGCAUCCUGCUGUAUCCCUAACAAAGAUUUGGUCUCCGCAAUUUUACAUUAUUAAUUUUUCUCAGAUGGCUGAGGGGCUUGCUUCAUCUGUUCUGUCUGACACGUAUCUCAAGUCUGUCUGUAAUUUCCUAAUGUUCUCAGGAUGUGCUCUGAUAAAACCCUCCCCGUAACCCCUGUUAAUAAAAAUUUACAAAUUAUUCAAAUA